GAAGAAUAUGAUCUUAAGAAUUUCUCAGGAAAUCAAACCUUACAACACGCACACACACACACACUAUGAUAAGGUCAUCAGCAUGUAACAAGUUGUUCAUGUCACCAACAACAUCUUCGCCAUUGGUCCCAUGUUGCAGCAGCAUUGCUUGGAAUUUCAAUCCUCCUCCAUCAUUAUUCUCUUCUUCCUCCUCUCCUACCCUCUCAAGCAAGGCCAACUUCCUCUCUUGUGCCCACACAAAAACACUUGGUAUAGAAGAAGAAGAAGAAGAAGCAAUAAUUGAAAAGAGUAGCACAUCAUCAGAGUUGGUAGAGUUCCCUUUGUUGAAUGAAGAGUACAGAGCAUGCACCAUUCCUUGGAGGGACCCUUCUGAUGAUCCAAGUGUUCCUGCUCCCACCGAGCUAUCUUGGAUUAAUCUCCUCCUUAAUACUAUCCCUUCCUACAAGGAGCGUGCUGAGACUGAUUCUUCUGUUCCAGAUGCUGCAAACAGAGCUGAAAUAUUUGCUAAAAGGUAUGCUGAAAUACUAGAAGAUUUGAAGAAGGAUCCUGCAAGUCAUGGAGUCCCUCUUGAUAUCCGUCUUUUAUGCAGACUUCGCGAGCAAGUACUUAGGGAAGUUGGAUUCAGAGAUAUCUUCAAGAAAGUCAAGGAGGAAGAGAAUUUAAAGGCUAUCUCACUAUUUGAGAACGUUGUUCGUCUUAAUGACGCCAUCGAAGAUGAAGGCGAGCGACUCGAAAAUCUAGUUAGAGGAAUUUUCGCAGGGAAUGUAUUCGACCUUGGUUCUAUUGAGCUUGCAGAGGCUUUCUCAAGGGACGGAAUGUCCUUUUCGUCUGCUUGCGAAAAGCUUGUCGCUCGGCCUUGGAUUAUCGAUGAUCUUGAUACUUUCAAAAUGAAAUGGAGAAAAAAGAAGUGGAAGAAGGUUAUCAUAUUUGUUGAUAACUCUGGUGCAGAUAUCAUUUUGGGUAUUUUGCCAUUUGUGAGGGAGCUUCUUCGACGCGGUAGCAAGGUUGUAUUGGCUGCUAAUGACUUGCCUUCUAUCAAUGAUGUGACAUACUUAGAGCUAAUUGAAAUUAUAUCUAAGUUAAGGGACGAGGAAGGAUGUCUCAUCGGUGUCAGCACUUCAAAUCUGUUAAUUGCCAACUCUGGCAAUGAUUUACCUGUUAUUGAUCUUACUAGGGUGUCUCAGGAGGUUGCUUACCAUGCCAGUGAUGCAGAUCUUGUUAUCUUAGAAGGGAUGGGUCGUGGAAUAGAAACAAAUCUCUACGCCCAAUUUAAAUGUGAUUCACUCAAGAUUGGAAUGGUGAAACAUGUUGAGGUUGCAGAAUUUCUUGGGUCACGUAUGUAUGACUGUGUAAUCAAAUACAAUGAAGCUACGGGAUCAUAAUAUAACUAAGGCUGAUUCUUUGGUAA